GAGGACCAAAUAUAACAAAACAUACAAAAGUACAAAAAUUGAUUACAAUUUCUAACUUACGGACUUCAACCCUACCAUAGAUAGAUAGAAACAAUCAGAUAAAACAUGUCUUACAAUCCACGAAUGAGUCUUGCGCCCAGCUCGCAACAACAGAAUCGAGGCAAGAAGAAGGAGGAAGAGAGCGAUUCAUUCAUGCGCCUGGUAAGAUAAUUAUAUCAUGACGGCAUUGAAAGUCUGUCUCACUAACUAUGAUAGCCCGACAAAGAGAUUGCAGGAUGUAUAAGCGAUAUUGGGGUACCUUUCACGGCUGCGGAUCUCUUAAAGCCAAACCCUCUCCAAAUUCAAAUGAUCUUUGAAUGGUUCGCAGAGCUUCUUAUGAACACCACCCGUGAUACAGUCGACCCUGCUAUGCGUGCAGCAUCCGAAGAUAUAUGUGAAGAUUACCCAGACAUAGUACCGGCAGAAACAAGAGAUUUAAUGGGUUUCUAUGUCAGUCUACGGAAGUUACUUUUUGAAUGUGGCAUUACAGACUUCUCAUUUCAGGAUUUAUACAAGCCAACACACGACCGCUUAGUGAAGAUUUUCUCUUAUAUCAUCAAUUUUGUACGAUUCAGAGAAAGUCAAACGCAAGUCAUUGAUGAACAUUUCAACAAGGCCGAGACUACAAAGCUCCGAAUCGAAACGCUCUACAUGGAGAACCAAGAGAUGGAAAGCCGCUUAGAUGAGUUGAAGCGGAACCGCAGGGCGAUGGAGGUACAUAUUUCGGAAAAGGUUAAACGUAAUAAGGAGUUGAAGAAAAGGCUCUUGGAACUGCGCCAAAGCCAAGACAAAAUGGCCCGACGGUUUGAAGGACUCAUAAAGAAGAAGAAGGAGAUGACUGCUAUUCUGGAGGAAAAAACUGCCGCGACCAUUGAACUGAGGCAAGAAAGCUCGAAGCUACAACCAUAUGUGUCUCAGUCACCAGCUGCGCUGCAGGCCUCCCUGACGGAAUUGAGUAAUGCACUGAAUACUGACAAGACGCAAAUUGAUGCCUUUGAUCGACGAGCCCGUGCCCUACAGACUUCGACCGAUACGUUCACAGUAGUAUCUGCGGAUGUGGUUUCGUGUACGAAACUUCUGGAUGAGAUUUCAAUCGAAUUGGCCAAGGAGGAGGAUGAAAAUGUAAAAGUCGCGAGACAACGAGAUGCACUAGGCGAAAGAACGAAUAAUGUACGAGAGGUGGAAAGAACCGAGGCUUUGCUACAGCGUCAAUUAUCGAAACAUCUCGAACGGACAGAGAAAUUGAGAGGCGGUAGCAAAGCAAAAGCCAUGAGUGCUAAAGAGAGAAUGGAAGAACUGCGGGCUGUGCACAGAAAGCUCACAGAAGAGAGAAACGAAAAAGGGAGGGAGAUGGAGAGAAGGAAAGUGAGGAUAGAGCAAACAGAAAAGAAGGUAUGGAUAUUAGACCCCUUGAGAAUGCUAUGCAGAUUCACUGACAUAACAUAGAUGGCGGACUUGAAAGAGAAUAUAGAAAACGAGAUACACAGUGCGCAUGACGAGUUCUUAAAGAUGGACUCGCAUAUCAAGCUAUACAUCACGGAAAUGGAGCAGUCUAUUUGAUUUCCGGGAACACUUUUUGGAUUUUACGUUGGACUAGCAACCAUGGAGAUUAUUGUAAUGAAUGAAUAUGAAAGGGUUGGGGAUUGGCCGAUUGGAGAAGCGGCUUGGGGCGUUGGGUAUACCUACUGAUUAAGC